CUAAAAUUCAGCCAUAUUUAGUACUCAUGUAUUUCCGACUGUAUUGUAUGACAACAAGAAAUACUAUUUUGAAAUACACUCAAUGUUAUGACUUGCUCUUACAAUGCUUGAAAAAGACAAAAUUUAAGGUACUCGUAUUUUGUGCUUUAUUACUAGAAUCUGGAAAACCUGACAAAGCUUUAGAAUGAAGUGCUCUUCAUUACCUGCAGAGAUAUUAACACCUGACCACCAGAUCUUGAGAAGUGAUGAUGAUGUUAACAAAGUCUGGAUUCCCUGCUCAAUAUGCAAACUUCCUAUUAAUCCACAUUGCUGCUUCCACCAUAAACAACAGCACAAGGCGGAAACCAAUCUGGGCUAUAAACAUGCACAGAAACCAAUAAGCAUUGGAAAUCUCUCCUCCAAAAGAAGGGACGUGAUAUUGUAUAUACAAAAACAAUAUGGUUAUAAACAAGCACUGAUCCAUAAUGUAGACAGAUCGUAUGAUCUUCAAAAGAGAAUUCUGAUUUCUCCUGCUGAAGAUAUUAGAAGGCUAAGCACCCAGGACUUUGAAAACACAAUUGUCUACAAAAUGGAUAAAACCAAUGCCUUAAUACCAUCAAUAGCAGUGUGUUCUGACAAGAAUCCAUCUUGGCAAAGAGACUUGGAAGAUUCUUUUGUCAUUCUUGACAAUUAUGGCAGUAGAUCAAACACCUGUUUAGUUGGUGUAUUUGAUGGGUGUCACGGGCAAUCUGCUGCUUGUACAAUGGCUCUGGAAUUUCCAGUUCUACUUCUAGGCCAGCUUCUGAAUUCGGAUCCAUCCUAUAAGAUAACUGAAAAAGAAAGACAUUUUCUCGAUUCAUUUGAUAUAGUUUUUAAAGAACACUACAAAGACGCAGAACAUUUUUUUUCUUCUGCUUUGUACGAGAAAGCCUCAGGAGAAAUGGAUAUAAAACAAAUCCAUAUAUCGUAUGUAAAAGCCUUUUGGCGAAUGGACAGAAUUUUACAACUAGGAAGGAAAGAAACAUCAAAAGCAAGAUGGAGUGGUUGUUCCUCAGUUACUUGUUUAAUUGAUGGUGGAUAUGCAGAUGCUAAACCUAGUCAGGAAGAAGUGCAGUUACUGGAAAGGACACACAAAUACAAACGUAGGCUUGCAGUUUUACAUAUAGCCAAUAUUGGUAACAAAAAGGCAGUUUUAUGCAGAAAUGGGAAACCAUACUGCCUUACGAAAAUCCACAACUCAUGUAGUUCUCAUGAACCAACACAUGUAAAGGAAAAUGGAGGAUCGUACAUCACUAAUGCAGAUCAGGGACUGGAAUCAGUAUGUCGAGGGCUGGGCUACCAUGGAGACCCCAAACUGAAGAAAUCUAUAAUCCCCGCACCUUGCACUCUCUCUGUCCCAAUUAAUCCAAAUUGUGAAUUCCUUGUUCUUGGAUCCAGUGGUCUCUGGGACGUGUUGAGUGACAGGGAAGUUGUUUCAAUAGCAAUGAAUGUCCUAAAAGAUUUGUUGAAAAGCUGCAACAAUUCAAAAGCAGAAAUGGAUUAUUCUCAAGCUUUUCAAAACAGCGCAGCAGCAGAAGACAUACACAAAGUCACAAAUUGUAUUAAUGAAUCCAGUAUUGUCCCUGAAAGGCAUGAUGGACUUGAUGAAGAUGGUGUCAAUCAUGGAAAACCCCUGGGAAACAAUUUUAACCAUGGAACAGCAUCGGAGAGUGGAAGAAUCUGGAGGGACAACUCAAGAGAAAUGUAUGAUAAUGCAGCCGCAUGUGUGAGCCAGAGACUAGUAACAGCAGCAAUGCUCGCAGGAUCUCAGCAAAAUAUUACUGUGUGCCUAGUUCUUCUACCUGGAUGUAUUAACAUUAGUGAUGCAAGUGGAAAUGUGUCGUAACUGGUGACCAUUAAGAAAGGCACACACAGUAAUGUGCAUUGGUGACUGCUUUACAAAUCAAACCAAUCUUGCUACCAUUAUAUAUAAAUAGGAAGAUCCAAUUUCCACUUAUACAGUCAGCAAA